AGCGUCUCCAUCCUUGCAUUUCUUUCGAGCAGCGGCUGCGGCAUUGAUGAAAGCAUCCGCAUCGAGGGUAUAAUUAGAAGCAGCAGCGGACAACUAAACAGGCGUUACACUUUCAACAACUGCAUCAGGGCUUCAUGAUUUCUAAUUGACAGUUACCAGAACUACCUUCACAAUCUUCACCUUCCUUGUUUUGAACUUCUUCAACCAAAAAAACGUCACAGGGCCCCCCGUAUUGAACCAAUAUUCCGAAAUCGUUUACCGACCUUAUUGAAGUGAGAACCCUUUCUCAGUCAGAUAGAGAUAUCGAUGAGAACAAACAGGCCUCACCCUAGUUUUGAAGAUUUCACGCUUCGUGUGCAGCAGGAGGACGGUUAUGAAAACCAUGUAAGUAUUAGAAGUGCUCUAGUAGAGGCAAAAGAAUCUGGGAAAGAAGCGACAGCGAGUGGCGCCACGACGAGAAUAAAACGAGAGUAAAUUCUAAGUUAACCCCCGUAUUUUUACUUGUUACUCCAAUCAACUUGACUUCCAAGAAGAGUUUUACUACUUUGGGAAUAAACUUCCAGAGGUAAAAAUGUUACAUGGAUGGUAGUUCAUCUUGUACACGAGAUCAUACGACAAGAGCAUUUUUAUACUUUUUUCAAGCCUUGUUAGGGGCACUGACAGUCUUCGUGUCGUUGCUUUAUACCAACUUUGAUAGUGUUGCACGGCUCUUGUUCUUAUCCACUUUGAUUUUGGCGGGUAGUGUAGUCGUAGUCAGAUAGGAACAAAAAGGAAAUGCGUUUAGGCUGAAAGUAGAUCACAUGACGUAUUGAGUAUAGCUCCUUUACCUUUACGAGUACGUCGCUCUUUCACACGCAUUUUUUGGGUGUUUUCUUUUUUAUAAUAUACUUACAACGGCCGUGCGUUGCUGGUAGGUCUCACUGCUAGUAGCGUACGAGACCCCCAAAGAGAGAUUUUUUUGUAUUUGAUAGACUUGGGGACCUGGUAUUCAGGUCGUUCAAGCCUGCUGUAGAAAACUUUUGAUUUUUUGAAAAGAAAUUGAACGCCUUGCCUCCAGCGUCAAAACACCAUCACACUGUAGAACGUACUAGGGGUUUUGUCUGCAAAACGGAUCAUGGCCAGCACCUACUAGUGUGAUUGAAGUUUCUGAAUCGUCGAAGGGUGUCAAAGUAUACCUUGUGCAGCCCGCACUGGAAGCAGGAACAUCCAGGAAAAGGCGUAGUAGACGACGUCCAUCUGCUUCUGAGUACAACAUCUUUGGACAACUAGACCAGAACAACGCAAGCGGGGCCCCUGGCGCCAGCGGUACCGCCGUCGUGCAGGCCGCGGCAAGAAACAAUUACAGGGCAGUUGUUUCAUCUUUGCUAACAGGCCCGGAGUAGCAGAGGAACUUCUGCUUUUCUACUCUUCUUGUCCUUCCACCAACAUGAACCGGAGGCAGCGAUCUGGGCGGGACUCGGACGAGGGAGCCCCACCCUACAUCCCGGCCGCGGGCCAACCGUCGGAUAGGCGGAUGGUGACGGAAAUUUUCAACGGGUUGGCGAUCACGGAUCUAGCCGGGCUGUACAAUCAGCACGAGAUUCUGGAAAAGUACGAGGCCUCCUGUGUCAUGCUCGUCUCUCUCGCGGACCACCAGCUCCCGGAGUACUUGAAGACGGCUACACGGUACAACGAGGAUACGGGAAAGGAGGAACUAGCGCUCGACUUGUUCCGGUUACGAACGAGGAUAACGCUGCAAAAUUUGGAAAUCGAACCGUUAGACGCGGUAUCAAAUGUAAAAAUGUCUGGUUCUGGAAAAUUUUGAGACUUGUCAUGCACGUUUUGCAUGAGCCAUGGGGUCUGGAAUGCGAGACCUAGCAUGACAGAUUCUGUGAGAUCCGUAUCAUGCUCGUCCUGCGUGAGAAACUUCCUCUCAACUUGGUAAAAAGUGGACAGCUUUUGGCAUUCAUGCAACACAGAUUUUUGCACAAUCCAGAAUUAGCAUUACAAGUUGCAACUUUCCAGACCCAGACAUUUUUACAAUGCAUACGCGGAAACGGACAGCAACAAACCAGCCACGUCGUUGGGCAUCCAGGUGGCGUAUCCUGUGCAAAAGUAUCGUACUCGUAGUAAUCGCAGUCAUGCAUUACAAAUCUUCACCCCAUCAAGGCAAAACAGCAUGACAGAUUCCAUUUGUAAUGCUGAGCUAAUUUGUAUUGCAAUUACUACUAGUGCGAUACUUUUGCAGUUCAUAUGGCGCAGAUACGGGUCGGGGGUUUGUUCGAAACGGACCCAGAAACGGGGGAGUACCUGAAGCCAGAAACGGUGCAGCCGGGGCGCUUUCACGACGUCGAGGUGACCAUGCCUUUGCCAGAGGACCAGGGAUUGGAAGCGGGUGCAACAGCAAGCAACAUGAACAGAAAAAACAACCACAAAACCGCGGAAGGGGCGGGGGCAGGUAGAAAUUCAGUACGUACUUGCUGUUGUAAAGCUAAAGACUGUUGUUCUCUGCGUGCGAUGUAGUUUUUGUUUUAUCGAGGAUAUCGUAUAUUGUGUUUGACAAUUGACUGUGCUUCAAAACUUCCACUAAUAUUGAUGUUGAACAAAGAACAUCAAGCUGCGUACAAGAAGUCCAAGUGAUCUGAACUGAAAGUACCGUGCACCUUCAUUCCCUUUCAUCUUUCAGGUGUGAAGGGUCAGCCGCUCGCCGACUUAGACGAAGAGGAUGAAUACGACGACGACGUCGACAACAACGCGGUUCCCUCCCCGGAUGGGGCGACCCCCAACCGGUGCCGGUCCCGCCAGUGGUCCGGGGAAGUGAGUCACGCGAGCAGUCGGGGCACGAGGUCCUCCGGCACCGCAACGAGCCGGGGCAGCUCGCGCGAGGGCAACGCCGCCUUUCCCUACAUUCUCUACCGCACGGCCAAGGGCCCGCACAUGACACAGGCGUCGCUACAGCGGCUGGGCGUGUUGCUGGAGGUGAUGGAGGACUGCGUCUUGUGGCUGAAGAACAAGAUCGGCGACUGUGCCACCUGCCGCGAGGAGAUCCAAAAAGCGGUGAUUGUCUGCCCCACGGGCGCCUUGCAGGCCCCGGUGGUCGCGAUCUGCUUUCUGAUGCGGUACCGCAGUCUGACGCUGUUGGAAGCCUUCGACAUGGUCUACCGGUCCCGCGAGGGGCAGGGCUGCUGGCCGACGCCGUUCGCGAUGCUGCUGUUGAUUGCGUUCGAGAAGAGCCUGUUCCGCAACAAUUUGACCGCCGACGCCCAGAGGCAGUUCGAGCCGACCUAUCCAAUGCAACUACGUCUAGGUCUGGAAAGAAGAAGAUGCAGACGUUUAUUGUCAUGCAGGUCGUGCAUGGUAGCAGACGAAGUCUGGAUCAUCUGGAAAAAUGCAGGGCCAAGCAUCUUCAUCACAGGUUCACUUUUAGCAGUGUCUAUGGAAAAAUGUCUAUCUUGCUGCAUCAGUAGAAAUUGCCUGAUACUAUAAUCAUCCGAAAAAAUGUUUUCAUGCAAAGCAGAUUUCUGUGUGACCCGCAACUACAACUAGAACUACGAGCGUCACAAGUUUCUUGCACUGUCCACCCAGACUCAGAGAACAUGUUUGCAAUGCAUACGACCCUGGACUACACCAUGUAUGUGGACUGCACGCUGUACGCCCCGAGGGAACUGGACACGCUGCUCCGGCUGGAGGCGAAGGUAAUAAAAGCAAAACAGGGGAUUGCCAUCGACAGCGAGGGGAAUCUUGUCAUACCGCCGAGCUCGAGCAGCAUAGGAAACGCAACGCUGCUCACCGAUGGUCACGCGACGAUUGAUCCGGCCAGCAACGGUGCACCACAGGGUGGCUCCAGUGCCAGCGGAGAUAACAGUCCGACCAGCAUAAAGCCGAAUGAGUUUGUGCGGAACCAACCACUGUCUGCGAUUCCGGACCAGCACGGGAGGUUGCAGGUGCGGGAGCGUACGGUCACCUCGGACGGGGCCAGUAGUGGGGGAAAUGCGUACGUGGUCGGGGGUGAUCUGUGA